AUGGAAGGAGUUAACAAAAUUGUUUUAUCAAGGAAUGAUGCUCGUGUUUUCUGCUUUGGAAUCAGACUUGUCAAGAGGCGGACAGUUCAACAAGUUCUUAAUCUGGUUCCAAAGGAAGCAAAUGGUGAGCAAUUUCAGGAAGCACUUGCUCGUGUUCGGCGCUGUGUUGGUGGUGGAGCUGAGGCUGAAAAUGCAGACAGUGAUAGUGAUAUAGAACUUGUAGCUGAUUCUGUAACUGUGAAUCUCCGUUGCCCAAUGACUGGUUCUCGGAUUAGAGUAGCAGGAAGGUUCAAGCCUUGUGCUCAUAUGAAAGGUUUUGAUCUAGAAGCUUUUGUAGAGCUUAACCGCAGAUCUCGGAAGUGGCAAUGCCCAAUAUGUCUAAAGAACUAUGCACUCGAGAACAUUAUUAUUGAUCCAUAUUUUAAUCGUAUCACUUCUAUGCUUCAAAAUUGCGGAGAAGAUGUAACUGAGAUCGAUGUAAAGCCUGAUGGUUCUUGGCGUGUUAAGGGUGAAGUAGAAUAUCGAGAUCUUUCCAGAUGGCAUUUGCCUGAUGGUACCCUCUCAGAUAAUGUGGAUGUACAAGCAAAGUCUGAUUUUGGCGAUCUAAGGCAUGUGAAGCAGAAAAGUCCAUCAUCGAGCCGAUUUACUCUGAAUUUAGGGAUGAAAUUAGAUGCAAAUGGAGGACCUGAAGAUACUAGGGCUUCGUCAUCUCGGAGUCCUAUUCUUAGGCUUGACAAUAAUAGUCAGAACAUAAUAAAUAUGAGUAGCAGUGCAACUGGAAGCUAUAGAGAAGGGGAGGACCAAAGCGUAAAUCAAGAAUUUGAAGGGCCUUUUAAUUUGUCACUGAACAAUUGCCACGACUUUGAAUCUUUUAUUUUUGAUGGAACAUACAGUAUGGAUGAUAGACCUCCAGCGCCAUUAGAAGAACCAGAUGUGAUUUGCUUGAGUGAUUCGGAUGAAGAUAACAUCACAUUAAUUUCUCCUGAACCUACAAAUGGAGUUCAUCCAUCUGAAAUUGAUAUGGUUGCUUUUCCAACUCAUCCCAAGGCUUCAGAAAGAUACUCUGAGAACCCUUGUCCAGAGACAAGUGGAACGUCAUUCCUUGAGUUGUUUAAUAACACUGAUGAUUUUGUGAUGCCCAUGCCCAUGUGGCCAAUGCAAACUUGCCCUCCGCCGGCCUCAAAUUUCCAACUUUUCGGAACAGAGGUCCUAGAUGUCCUGGCUGAUCCACAAGCUACUGUUGACUGUCCACCCCUCAAUGGCUUUGGUUUGACACCACAUGAUGGCGAGGAAACUUCCGAAGUCCAAGAGUUUUCAAAUUGUCAGGCCAGCGCUACAAUGCAAGAAAGCUUUGUUGAUGAUCCCCUUGCAUUUACAGAUGAUGACCCUUCUCUACAAAUUUUUCUUCCUAACCAGCCAGUUGGUGUAGCCCUUCAAGAUGGCAUGAUCAACCAAACUGACUUACCAAAUGGGAUGAACUCUGAUGAUUGGAUAUCUCUUAGACUUGCUGCUGGCAGUGGUCAUGGUGAGUCUGCCCCUUUGAACGGAUCCAUUUCAAGGCAGCUGGAGCCACCCACGGAGACUCAGAUGGAUGUACUAAGUGAUGCUGCCUCAUUGCUACUAAGCAUAAACCGCAGCGAAAGCAAUAAACCAUCACCAAGAACUCAAAGACCUGAUUCUUCUCCUGGCCAGCAACGAGCGGUUAGGCGUCGGUUGUAUCUGUCAAUAGACACAGAUUCUGAUUAACUAUCAAGUGGCAACUCGGUUUGGAUUGGGAAUUAAAAGGCGGUUUCGUGUCUCACACCGCUGGGAAGCUCCUAUGAUCGUGUGUGGGAGAGGCCAGACAAUCUGCAAGGAUUGCUGGAAAUUCCAACUGUGAAAGAUAUCACUUAUACUGUCACAAGCCAUAUGAUGAGGUAAACCUCAAGUUUUUUUGCUGCUAAUGUUGGGCUGCAGAAAAUACAAUUAGAUUCAAUAGGAGAGAGUUAUUGCUGGUGUAUAAUAAUUGUUUCAUUAGUUAAUGUAUGUUGUCAAUAGCCCUAAUACCCGAUAUUGGUGGCAGUCGAAGAGGGUAUUUAUCCACUGGCCGACAUUGAUGUUAACUUUAGAUCUACAGAAAUCCUAUUAAUUAUUGUGAUUGGUGUUCAUGCAAUGAUAUUCUUCCCACAAA